AUGGUGAACGGCGUGGGUGUGUCUCGCGAUCUGCAAUGGGUGCUGACCCGCAACUGGUCGUCAUCGCUGAUCAAAGCGCGUGGUAUUAAGCGUCGGUUCAGUCGAUCCCAAUUCAACCCGAAAGGACUGUAUGUCCCGCGCUUUGAAGGCCUCCAUCAGACCAAAGCACUCACCGUUGAGCCCAACGCCGGCGGCAAAGGCGUGACACUCGUCUAUAAGAAGCGCCGCCACCAGCAGAAGCCCGUCAAGAGUGUGGCCCGCGUUGUCCUCAAUAAGGACUCCCGGCGGACACUCAACACAAUCAAGUCCUUCUGCAACCGAAACCUCUACAGAACUGACUUGAAAAACGCAUGUCUUCGACGCGCGUCCGCUAUUCUCCGGAGUCAGAAGCCGAAGCCACUCAAGAAGAGCCGCCGACCGGUCGCUCCCAAGAAAGUGGCCGCUGAAUAA